AAUUGCGAUUGCCGGCUAAAAUUUAUGAUAAGGGUACUUCCUCACAGCUGUAUACAUACAAGCAUGCACGGCGGCCAUGCACAGGUUUGAGAAUGGUGCCACUCAUGUUCUAUUAGUGACCUUUGGAGUUUUGGAAACAAGAUACUGGGAGCAUUGAAAAUAUUGUGACAGUUCGGCCAUGUAUUUUCCAGCCCUGCGAAGUGAGCUUGCAGCUUUGUCCAAGAAGCUACUUGGAGUCAUUGGGACGCCGCUGCGUACAUUGGCCACCCAGAAGCUCACCAGCUUCCAUAGUGAUCUCCAGCAGAACCUGGAAAAUGGCACUUACCGUCUUAAUGAAGCACCGACGGUGAUCGACAUAGAAAAUAACAAAAUUAAUGUGAACAAGGAUGGAUUUAAUUUAGAUGUGGUCAAAUAUUUCGAGGGUCAGGAAAACUGGAACACGAAGGAAAUUGUAAACCCGAAGCUGAAAGCCUCAAGUUUUGGGGACUAUUACUGCGGGCUGUCUUUGAUGCCCUCAAGUUAUUUUGAGUCAAGGGAGAAAUUUGAUUAUCUGUACUCGCUUCGAUGGCAAGGUGAUCCAUCGUUUGAUCCAAACGAUCCAGUGGAGACCAUUGAAAAAAUUUCUUUGGAAAAGGCUCUUGAACUGCUCACAGUGACGCUGUCCUGCAAUAUGGAGUAUUAUUUGGCUAACCGGGAUGAAAUGGAGAAGGAUUUAGGGCGCAAGCUGGAUAGUUUCAAUGCAGAAGAUGAAAGUUCCAUGAAGAGGUUAGAACGAGAGCUUUUCUACAACCAAGUCAUCAAGAUAGUCGGUGAGAGCGAGGAUGAUGACAAGGCAACCUUUUCAGUGAUGCUCAAGGACUUCAGGGCUUUGUUCCUUGAAGGCAAUGACAACUUCGCAACGGCAAGACGAGGCGAUUAUUACCUGCUUUUCCAUCACGCCACCUCAUAGGAAGGUUAUAGGUUUUGGAACUAAUCAAGUGACGAUUGGAGCUGUGCUGCUGAGAGAGCUGGGCGCUAAAAUAAUGGUCCCAAAAUUGACUAUUUGAAUUUUAUAACAAUGACCAUGUAGUAUCUCUUGUAUGUGUAAUGUAAAGCUUAUUUUAUGUUAUUUAAUGUCAUUCUGGGGUAAGUUGACCGAUCAAACUUUAUUGGAAAUUUUUUACACAUUCAUGAAGCUUUCAAUAUUUUUUAAUGAAAAUAUUUCUAUGAAAUAAUUUCCUAUGAUCUCAAACUUCCUGCGUCACAAAGCCAAGUAGCAGAAGCAAAUAUUAUGUGUCCAGCAGCUCUACUUUCUGUAAGUCAGCCCAAUUUUGUUUGUAUUCUUAAUUUAAAUAUUAGAAGCUAUACUCCAUGUAGCUUCAAAAUAUCAA